AUGUCUAUGGAACUUUCCGAAUUAAUUUUUAGAAUUAUUCAUGAUCAAAUAGAACGCGACAAAUACGAACGUAUAACUGCACCGAUAUUUUAUGUUCUAAAUCCAAUCGAAUAUGAUAAUACAAACGCCAGAGAAAAUAGUCAUAGAAAAAUCGAUAGUAAUUUUCUAUGGUCGAAAUUAUUCAUUGAUGCUCUACUACAAUUGAGAAACGAAGAUGUUGCGACAUCCAUCGAUGAAUGUAUUGAUUUAUGCUCUCAACAAUAUCUUGGAAGCGAUUAUCAUCUUGCUAAACUUAAUGAUUUUAAAAAACUUAUAAACCAUCAGAUGCAAUACAUUGUGAUUGCAUAUCGAUUUCUUAUACGUGAUAUUAACGCACAAUUAAAUCAUGAACAAUUAAACUAUUGUAUCAAAUUAGAAGAACGAGACUUUGCUCAAACAUUAGACAAGGUUAUGCAUUCAUAUCGAGGACAAGCAAUGUCUAUUGACGAACUUGAAAAAUUUCAACAAUGUGUAAAUCAAUAUAUAAGUAUAUCUACAUUCUUUUCUACAAGUAGAAACAAACAUAUUGCACUUGGAUUUGCUCGUUCUAAUGAAGUUGCUGAUCCAAAUAGAACUUUAGUUUUAUUCGAUAUAGACUCAGAUAUCUAUUCAAUUUCACUGUCCAGACCAUUUGCUAUCAUUGAUCAACUAAGUUAUUAUGACGAUGAAGAAGAAGUCUUGCUCAUGAUUGGUACUACGUUCAAAAUCCUAGGAGUAAAAUAUGAUGAUCAAAUGGAUCAUAUUUGA